AUGGUUCACGGGCUGCGGGCUGCGGGCUGCGGGCUGCGGCGGCCGACGGGACCGGUGUGAGCAGGCGACCACGAAGGGGCCCACCCGUCGGUGGCUGCCUGCCCCCGCUCGUCAACAACUACCCCGAAAGCCGCCAAGCGGCUGCUGCGCAAGGUGCGAAAGGCACCUUCCCUGCCCGAUUGGCGAUUUAAGUGGUGGGGGAGGGAAGGCCGAUGGUCAGUGAAAGAGAGGUAGGUGGCCGGACGGUGGUGGCAUCGCCAAUUCAACUCCGCAUCUGAAUCGGCACUCGGCAGCGCGCCAGCUCCAUAGGUGAGGCUUCGGAUCCCGAUCUCCGCACCCUGUCCGAUUCCAGCUCCGUCCUCCCCGGAUUUCAGUUCCACCGCGUUGAGGUUUUCUUUUUUUGUCUCCUUUGGGUCCUCUUGUUCCCGAAGCAUGGGGACUGGGGGUUGAAUUCGUGUAGAGAUCCAGAUGAUUGCGCUGCUAGCUCCGAUCGCCGAUUUUACUCUGCUGCCUGCCGGUCCAGAUCCAUGGAAGCAAGUCGAUGAACUUAGAGGGCUUCCGCUCUGGAUUUUCUUUGAAAAUAAGUUAGAGUCCUGUCAAACACCUCUUUUCUCUGCCAAACGAUCUACAAAAUGGCUUUAGCUUAGAAAACUGUUUAGUUAGAAAACUGUUUAGCUUAGAAAACUGUUUACUCGGCCAGGGGACAGAGAGACGCAUUACCUUGCCUUCUUGCUCUUUUCGCCUCUAGCGGUGCUGUGUAUUCAGUUACUUCGUCUCAAAGAAAUUCAGUUGGUUUCAUCCUAUACACCUAUAUGUAGCCGGCCCUGUGACUCGCAGGGCAGCGUAUGAUCUUUGAUCCUCGGCUUAUGUAUUCACCUCAUCGGCCGCUUAACCUUGUGUAGGAGGAGAUGGCGCUCACAAGAAUCGGUCUUGCUGGCCUUGCGGUCAUGGGGCAGAACCUUGCCCUCAACAUUGCAGAGAAAGGGUUCCCCAUCUCUGUGUACAACAGGACAACCUCCAAGGUGGACGAGACCGUGCAGCGUGCCAAGGCAGAAGGAAACCUUCCCGUCUACGGCUUCCAUGACCCCGCGUCCUUUGUGAAGUCCAUUCAGAAGCCACGGGUGGUGAUCAUGCUCGUCAAGGCCGGCGCGCCAGUUGACCAGACCAUCGCGACGCUCGCAGCUCACUUGGAGCAGGGCGACUGCAUCAUCGAUGGGGGGAACGAGUGGUACGAGAACACGGAGAGGAGGGAGAAGGCCAUGGAGGAGCGCGGCCUCCUGUAUCUUGGCAUGGGUGUCUCUGGAGGAGAGGAGGGUGCCCGCAACGGCCCGUCCUUGAUGCCCGGAGGCUCGUUCGAGGCUUACAAGUACGUCGAAGACAUUGUCCUCAAGGUGGCUGCUCAGGUCCCUGACAGUGGCCCGUGUGUCACGUACAUUGGCAAAGGUGGAUCGGGCAACUUUGUCAAGAUGGUUCACAACGGAAUCGAGUAUGGCGAUAUGCAGCUGAUUUCCGAGGCAUACGACGUUCUCAAGUCGGUCGGUAAGCUCACCAACAGUGAGCUGCACCAGGUGUUCUCCGAGUGGAACAAGGGCGAGCUCCUGAGCUUCUUGAUCGAGAUCACGGCCGACAUCUUUGGCAUCAAGGACGAGCAUGGCGAUGGCUACCUGGUGGACAAGGUCCUUGACAAGACCGGGAUGAAAGGGACAGGGAAGUGGACGGUGCAGCAGGCCGCCGAGCUGUCGGUGGCCGCUCCUACGAUCGAGGCGUCCUUGGACUCGAGGUUCCUGAGCGGGCUGAAGGACGAGCGGGUGGAGGCCUCCAAGAUCUUCCAGGGUGACUACUACUCCACCGGCUCGCCGGUGGACAAGGCGCAGCUGGUGGAGGACGUGAGGCAGGCCCUGUACGCGUCCAAGAUCUGCAGCUACGCGCAGGGCAUGAACAUCAUCAAGGCCAAGAGCGCGGAGAAAGGCUGGGGGCUCAACCUCGGCGAGCUGGCCAGGAUCUGGAAGGGCGGGUGCAUCAUCCGCGCCAUCUUCCUGGACCGCAUCAAGAAGGCCUACGACAGGAACCCGGGCCUCGCCAGCCUGCUCGUAGACCCCGAGUUCGCGCAGGAGAUCAUGGACAGGCAGGCGGCGUGGCGCAGGGUGGUGUGCCUCGCCAUCAACAACGGCGUCAGCACCCCGGGAAUGUCCGCUAGCCUGGCCUACUUCGACUCCUACCGCAGGGACAGGCUGCCUGCCAACCUGGUGCAGGCCCAGAGGGACUACUUCGGGGCUCACACCUACGAGAGGGUCGACAUGCCUGGCUCUUUCCACACCGAGUGGUUCAAGAUUGCGCGCAACAUCUCCAACAACUGAUGAGCUGCUCAACGGAUGGCAUGCCCGGUGUUGACUACUCCAGUCGGUAAUGAGAUUUCCUGCAGGAACUUGUCUAUUGAUCUUUGUAAGUUAAUUAUUUAUAUGAAUAAAAUAAGAGCAGACAUGCUUGUGUUUGGGCACCCUCUGUUUUCUCCUCCCUGUUAAUCAAUGCACCAUGCUCCAAAGGUGAUGUACAUAA